ACUAAUACUCUGGCAAGUGAUUCGCAUGUCUGUAGAUCCGCAUGCCAGCGACCCUUCCAUGGCUGCCAGCACGGAACGUCGUGGCGCUGCCAAACUGCUCGAUGGUAUGAAGCGCAUGUUGGCCAAGGGAGAGUUCAGCGAUGUGCACUUCGCAGUCGGACUCCCAUCCGGUCCAGUGACACUGUUCCACGCGCACAAGAAUAUUCUGAGCAACAGAUCCGAAGUGUUCUACACCAUGAUGGCUAACAGCAUGCCUGGAACUUCUCCGCUGGUUAUUCACGUCCCAGACGUUCCUUCCGACGCGUUCGCCAAUCUGCUCAGUUAUGUGUACACUGAUUCCGUGGAAAACAUUCACACAGAGAACGUCUUUCCCACACUGUACGGCGCUGACAGAUUUGGUUUGCCUUUGUUGGUGGAUUUCUGCUGUGACUUCAUCAUCAAGCAUCUGAAUGCAGAAAAUUGCCUGAACGCACUGGAAAAUGUUCGUUGUAUCCAUCGUCACUGCAUCGUCUUCGGGUGCGCUUUCGGGGCCAAACAAGUUUCCACCGAAGGAGCCGCGCUAUUUCCAGCACCGCAUCGGCCCCGACGUGUACCGGCACCGCGAAGCGGUCUUCGCACCCAGCUGCAGCGGUGACUGGAAUCCCGCGGAAGUGGUGGACACGGCGCGCGGGGACAUUGUCGUCCGGUGGUGCCGACACGGGCACCGGUCCGGCAAAGGGCCGCGGGAGGUGGUGCGAGCGGCGGAUAUUCUGCAGCGCGGCCAGCUGGUGCAGUGCUGGGGGGACACGGCCACGUACUGUAUGCGACGUGGUGGGAAGCACCUGGUGGAGGGGAUCGACGGCCGGGAGAUGGCGGUGAAUUUUGCUGACCUGAUGAUUCUUGACACAGUUGUCUCUGAGUGUAAGGCAACUAACCAACAGCUGCGCGGAUGAG